AUGGGACAGAAAAUAAAUCCACUUGGUUUCAGACUUGGUACAACCCAAAGUCAUCGUUCCUUUUGGUUCGCACAACCAAAAAAUUAUUCCAAAGGUCUCCAGGAAGAUGAAAAAAUACGGGAUUGUAUCAAGAAUUAUGUACAAAAACAUAUGAGAAUAUCCUCAGGUUUUGAAGGAAUUGCACGUAUAGAUAUUAAAAAAAGAAUCGAUUUGAUCCAAGUCAUAAUUCAUAUUGGAUUCGCCAAUAUGUUAAUAGAGGGUCGAGCCCGAGGAAUCGAAGAAUUACAGACUAAUGUACAAAAAAGCUUUCAUUCUGUGAACCGAAGACUCAACAUUGCUAUCGCAAGAGUUGCAAGACCUUACGGGCAACCUAAUAUUCUUGCAGAAUAUAUCGCUCUGCAAUUAAAGAAUAGAGUUUCCUUUAGAAAGGCAAUGAAAAAAGCUAUUGAAUUAGCUGAACAAGCGGAUGCAAAGGGAAUUCAGGUACAAAUUGCAGGACGUCUCAAUGGAAACGAAAUUGCCCGCGUUGAAUGGAUUAGAGAAGGUAGGGUUCCCCUACAGACCAUUCGAGUGAAAAUUGAUUAUUGUUCCUAUCCAGUUCGAACUAUCUAUGGAGUAUUAGGGAUAAAAAUUUGGAUAUUUUUGGAUGAAGAGUAA